AUGUCGAUGAAGACACCCCAAGGGAUGAAGAAAGGUGUGCUCACAAACGUGUGGCACAUCCCAAAGUUAUCCAGAAACCUGUUCUCGGUCGGCCGCUUCACCAAGGAUGUCGGCCCAGUGACGUUCACGAAGGAUGGGUGCUAUGGAGAAGCGAAAGGGACCAAGUGGAAAAUUGGUGCCCGUGAAGGUAAAGGACUGUUCAAGCUGCAAAUGACUCCAGUGGCGCCGGAACAAGCAAAUGCAGCCAAGUCGUCGGGAUGUCAAGGGGGCACCAAGUCGUACCUCUGGCACCUUCGGCUUGGCCACAUAGGUCACGAUGGACUCAAUUGCAUCGUGACGAAGAACAUUGGAAUUGGCAUCGACAUAUCUUCGGUGAAGAAGUGGGACGUGUGUGAAGGUUGUGCUCUGGGAAAACAGACUCGAGUGCGCUUCCAAUCAAACACUACAGCUCGCACCUCAAACUCCUCGAAGUGA